UAGAAUCUGUUACGCAUUUAACAAACAAAGUGCAUUAUUCCGGAUCAGUUUGGAGUUUAGUCAUGAAUGUUUGGUAAUCAAUGUAAUCAGAGAUGUUAAAUACAUAUUGAUUUCUUGGAUUUACAUUUUUAAAGCGUCGAAUCAAUGAUAAACGAAAUCGAAAGUGUAUUAAUGUAUAUUCGGAUUAAAUUCAUUCGGAUACUGCGUUGAAAGAGCUAUUUAGAGAAUAAAUCUUAGCGUUUUUAGUGAUGAUUUAAGUCAAAAAUACAAUUAAUAGUAUGCGGGAAAUUUCUGUAAAUAUCGUUUUCGGAUUUAGUAGUUCAAAUUGGUUGUUGGUAGUUUAUUGCUAUUGAGUGACAUAAUUAAUUGACAGGUAAACUGCUAUAAAUAGAUUCCAAUAUUUAAAAUGAUCUUAUAUUGUUUGAAACAAUAAAACCAUGUUUAGUGGAUACGUGACUAGAUGGACUUAUACCUAGGACAAUAUGAAAGUUAUUAUACUUUAACUGUAAUUAAGCGGCGUUUUAACCAAUUCACUGCCAAUAAUGAUAAGCGGAUAUAAAUGAUGGUUGAGUUGGUCGGCUUGUUAACUAAAAAAGCUAUAAAUGACGUUGAAGAACCAUCAAAAUGACGUUAGAAAACCAAAUUAAGCUUGGACAAUUCCGAAAUUGGGUGAGAUCGUCGAUUGGUCUUCGCUGCUUAAGGGAUGGUCUAUUGGAUUAUGUUACGACGUCCACUGAAGAUCAAUAUAAAACAUUUGUGAAAUACCUGAAACGAAGAGCCAAAAUCAGCACGUUCACGUGUGAUAAAUGUCAAUUAUGCAACCUGUUGCCGCUCCAUGCGCUCGAAAAAAAGCGAUGUAACCAAAGGCAUGUCAAUUAUUGUAAUUGCAAACGGCAAAGUGACAAGCGAGUUUGCCCCGAGGGUGGGGCUUGUGGAAUAUUCUAUGACUGUGUCACUGAUGAACAUUUUGAGCAUGAUCCAUCUUGGUGCAAUACUUCAGUUGAAUUAUGGUCGACCAACAGUUUCGAGUUCAUGAAAUGUUUUAUUUCAACACCUGGAUACAAAAACAAAAGGUCAAUUUCGCUAAUUGAUGCGUCUGGGCUGAUUAGUAUCUGUUUAAAUAACAGGCGAUUAAGGGCUUCUUUCAAUGAUAUUUCCGACUUGCUAAAGAAGGUCAAAGAUUACCGGAAUGACAUACUUCAUUCAGGCGAUCUCAAAGUCAGUAACGACCGACUGAAAGAAUACCUCAAAGACAUGAAACAAAUUUUGCAACAUUCCGAACUGGAAGAGAAUGAAGCUGCACAGAAAGAGCUUAAAACUCUCGAAAGGCUUGAAACCGAUGAACUUGCAAUCACAUCCCAGGACGAUAUCAAUAUGAGGAAGGAUGCAUUGAAAGCAAUUAUUGAAAGAGAAAUCGAAUUGAAGCUAAAUCUUUCAGAGGAAGAUACUUUACGAACAGAAGUUAAGACGCCUUUCACUUCAGACAGUGACAAAACAGAGAACAUGCCUUUAACAAAAGACGAUGAAACAGAUGUGAAAACGAUUUUAACAGCAGGCGUAAAAGAUAAAAUAGAAAAAGAACUAGCUCAGCUCUCUGUUGCUGAAGAAAAGCACUACAACAGCAUAGAAACUACACUUCAGAAAGUGGAAAAUGAAAUUAUUAAAGUAAAGGAGACUGUUCGAACGCACAGAUCAGAUUUAGACGAAAUCAAAACGGGACUUCUUUCUCAACAAAAUGUUUUGCGUUCAUUGUCAGAGGAACAGCAACGACAAAGUAAAGUCUUGGAAGAGACAUACGAUUUAGUCGGAGAUGUUCAUGCAACAGGCAAGGAAACGCAUUCAGCGACAUUGUCAACUCAGAAAGCUGUGCUCGAAUCAAGCAACGAGGUCAGAGAAAUUCUUGAACGGGUUCGGCGAAUAGAUGCUCAGACAACCGUACCAGAACAGAGGCUGACAGUUAAAAUCACUAAAACUGACAGAAAUGGUGAAAAGGAGCUGUCACAGCGGCUUGUUGACAUAUGUAACAGCAUUGUAAAUAUGGAGACAAUUCCCCCUGAAAAGAGAACGCAAAUAAGACAUUGUCUAACGAUGGCAUUGAAUGAAAUUGGAAAAGAUGGAAACGAAAUAACAGCAUUUAAACCAGAAUGUUUAGCUAUUUAUGUACGAUGCAAGUCUUUGCAAACCUGGGUUGACCUUUGUGAAAAAUGUCUUGCACAUGAGUUAACACAGGCAUUUAAAGCAGUAGAAAAUGAAGUUAGGCGCCUGACUGGUUUAGAAAACGUUCAAUUGGACGUGGUGAUCUACGAAGAGGACUUUUUGAAAUCUGUUAACGCGAUAGUUGCAAGUACAAACACAGAUGUUGCGAGAACACUACAAACAUCAUCUGGUAGAAAACGGUACCAGAUUUGCUUCACGUUUGAGUCGUCAAGUGAUUCAGAUGAAAGUUCAACGGCCAGAGAUGAGCCCACUUCAAAUGACAAUAUGAUGACAGGCGAUUUCCUGGAUGAUGUAGACGAUAAUGAAGACAGUUGCGAAAUUGAAAAGGAACUGAUUGAAAUUGAACACCUAGAACAUCAGAAUAAAGAACUUCAAAUGACUCAGGAAGAUGUUAAGGAUACAUUUGUCUGUAACUCAUGCAAGAAUAAGUUCAGGACAAGUGCAGAACUGUCAGACCAUCAGGCAAAGUACUCCAAUAUGAACAACUUUCUCUCCGAGGAGCGUUUAAAGUGGACACAAAGGUCUCCACCUAGAGGGGUUAAACUUGAAAAGUACACUCUGUGUGAAAGGUUUUCGAAGAAGAAAGCUUGUCCGUACGGAGAUAAAUGCAUCAAACCACACACAGACUGUGAAUUGACGGAAUGGAAUCAGAGUCUAGAAUCCAUGAGACAACUCAUUCUUCAUAUUGGUGAAAAUGUUGAGGAUCUAUCUUUGGGUUAUUCCUUGUACAAGAUGUGUAAAGAAGAGAAGCAAAUGAAAGCGACAAAGCCAGAACUCGAUUUUGUGCGCAUCGAUGCUCUUUCAGAGUUGAAAGUACAUACUAUUACCAAAAGGUUCAAGAAUUCAUGGCCUUUCGAAAUUAAAAGCGAGUAUUCUCUUAAAAGAGUUUGUCUGACUGACCAGGAAGCUUCAACCUACUACAAUAUAGAGAAUAUAACAGAUACAACACAGAAAAAAGACGUGUGUUAUGACAGGUCGCAGCUGAAAGAUGAGUGUCAGGAGUGGACAAACCCUAAAUUUGUGUUUAACCGAAAGGGUCAAUACAAAUAUAGGAUCAAGGUUGCCUUUCAAACAGAAAUUUACGGAACGUUUUGUCAAAACAUCAUCUUUGACUUUGGAAAGUCAGAACUCCUUCUAAAACAAUUAGCCGUAGAAUCUGCGCCUGUAACAAGCGUUGAUGAAGUUCGCGGCAAGUUUGAAAAGCAGUGCAAAAGGAGGUGGCAGGAAGAAGAUGUGAACGUUGUGAAGUUUUUUGAAAGAACGGAUGAAGAUGAACGUGGGAUCGGCCUUAAGAAGCAAUACCCGCUGGAAGAACUCCUUCAUAAAGAAUUUCCAGAUUCUCUCAGUAGAGAAAACUACACGGCAUGGAUGCACAUGAUGUUGUAUGCAGAGGAGCAGGCCAGACUGGAGGAAAUUUCUAAAUUCAAUAUCAAGACUUCAUUGGUCCUGGAAGAUCGUCUUGAACCAAUUGACAAUCCGACGUCUGAAACACUUUUUGCUAAUGAUGGAGAACUGCUUGCAAGAAUCGGCCUAAACGACGAGUUGUCUGUGGAUUCGAUAGCUGGAAAAUUGAUCCUUAGACAGAGUCAUAUGAUUUGGAUUGCGCCUGUUACAAUUAAAAGAAUAGACGCAAUGACAAAAAUGUCGGUUUAUGAAGCUCGAAUAGAACACCGAGAGCGCGAUUUUAUAGACGUAGAACUGUCACGACAGAGUGUUGAAGAACUUGGACUGCAAUGUAGACAGGAAUUUGAAGUCGAGAUACAAUUUCAACUCGACCGCAUCCUAUUUUGGGAAAUGCAUCGGGCUGUGGACAACUUACGACAGUUAGAUUUUGUGUUUCCGCCUCUCCUCAACACAAAAGAUUUUCAAAAGGCAACGUCGGUUCUGGAAAGGCGAUUUGUUAACAAAGGUAUGGACGAGCUUAACCCCAACCAAAUGACUGCCGUAGUAAAGUCUUCCUGCACCCUAAAAUCAGCGACGCCACCGUUUCUUAUUGUUGGACCGUAUGGGACGGGGAAAACAUACACGAUUGCACAGGCAGUGAAGUAUAUCAUCAAACAAAGCUCGAAGUCUAGAGUGCUUAUAAGCACUUGUUCAAACAGCGAGGCUGACGCAUACAUCAAAGAUUACAUGCACCCAUUUGUGGAAACGGGUAACCCUGAAGCCCGUCCACUGAGAAUUUACUACAGGUAUCGCUGGAGAAGCACUGUUUCUGAAACAGUAUUGGCGUACUGUUUGCUGGAAGAGGAAGGUGAACACAAGGGGACAUUUCGGUCUCCAACCAAAGACGAACUUUUACAACACAGGGUUAUUGUGACUACCUUGCAUACUGCAAAGCUGCUCACCUAUCUAGAGCUGACGGAAGAUGUCUUCACGCAUAUAUUCAUCGACGAAGCAGCACAAGCCCUGGAAUGUGACUUGCUGAUACCACUUUCCUUGGCAGGGCCAAAAACAAGGAUUAUACUGGCUGGCGAUCAUAUGCAGUUAAGCCCCGACGUUUACUCAAAGAUUGGCAAGCAAGAACAGUUCCAGAUAUCAAUGCUCGAGAGACUUGUAGAAUACUACAUCGUGGACAGCCCGUUUGUUGUUACCCUUUGCGACAAUUAUCGCUCAACCAAGGAGAUCAUUGAUUUCACAUCCGCUCUGUUUUACGACAACCGUUUGAAAGCAGUCAAAAACCCUCCACAACAUUCGGUUUACUAUCCGCUCACGUUUUUCACUGCCAGGGGGAAAGAAAUCAUGCCAGAUCUGAAGACUGGAUAUUACAACGAGUCCGAGGUGUACGAAGUUGUAGACCAAGUUGAACACUUUUACCAGUACUGGCCUCCUGAAUGGGGAAAGUUUGAUGGAAAAAGCAUCUGUGUUGUCUCGACAUACAAAAUGCAGAUAUGGUGUAUACGGGCGGAGUUACGGAAACGAGACAUUCACAAUGUUGCGGUUGAGAUGGUAACAAACGUUCAAGGCAAACAGUUUCGUGUGAUCAUCAUGAGCACUGUACGAACCAAGCACACCUGUUCAGUGAAUACCGUAGACACCGUAGACAAUGAUGACUAUGAUCUUGGAUUCUUGUCGAACAUAAAACUGUUGAACACUGUCAUUACAAGGGCUCAGUCUUUGGUCAUUGUAAUUGGUGAUCCUGUUGCCCUGUGCCUGAUAGGACGCUGCAGCAAGGUAUGGGAGUUCUACCUGGAAAUGUGCAAUGAACAUGCAAGCUUUUUUGGGUUGACUUGGAAACAUUUUAAAAUGAUGCUGGAAAAUGCUGAGGUUGAAGAAACAUACAGGCUUAACCCUUUAGCCAAAGAAUUCGUUCCAAGGUCUUUUAUCGACAGCACUCGAGCUCCUCCCAACAGUCCUGUAUCGACCGCCAUCCAUCAUCCACAAAAUACCAAACGGGGAUAUCCUUUGAAAAGUACUACAGCACCACCUAUAUCAGUGCAACCAAAAGGAAAAGUCGUAAAAACGAGGCCAAUGCCGUCCUUUGACACGAGUCAAUAUGGACUUCAUGUACGGCAGGCAAUUAGAAAUGUUGUUCCUUCGACAACAAGGACCCAAUCUUCCUUGUUCUCGGUGCCGACAACAAACAAUAUAGCGCAACCUAUUGUGAAGCAAUCAACGUUGAAUGUCAUAAAAACACGGCAAACGCGGUCAACUGGCAAUAUUCAAUUAGGGUUUACUGAACCCCAAGCAAGUAGAAAUAUUUUACCGUCGACAACAAGGAUCCAAACUUCCUGGACUUCUGUGUCGCCAUCAAGCAGAGGGAUAACCGUACAGCAAGCGUUGCCAUCGAAGACACAACAUGACCCCAUUUUCCGUAGUGUCCAGGGAUAUUAUAGUGGUCAAGGACAGAACAGUACGAAUCCAUAUUCUACCCUGUUCAAACAUAGUGGUUCAAAUAUUGCUCAAACCUCAACUGGUCUUUUGCAUUCACAGGGAAUGUAUACUCCAGAAUCUCACUUGUUCAUGCAUGGAAGUACACACAUUCCACGAACAUCGAAUAUUCCUUUGUCAUCGCAGGGAUCUUCCUGUAGGAACACAGAUGCAACCGAAUUUAUGCGGGGAAGAACAGCUACCCCGGAAUAUUUAAGUAUUCAAGAACAGAACAGUACGAAUCCAGAUUCAACCCUGUUCAAACCUAGUGGCUCAAAUGUCCCUCAAACCUCAAUUAGUCUUCUGCAUUCACAGGUAAUGUAUACUCCUGAACCACACAUGUUCAUGCAUGGGAGUACACACAUUCCACGCACAUCAAUUAAUCCUUUUUCGUCUCGGGGAUCUUCUAGUAAGAACACAGAAGCAACCAAAUUUAUACGGGAAAGAACAGACAUCCAACAACCUCCUGUUUAUCAAAUGCAAUCUGGAGGAAUAGGCGGCAUGUCACAUGUUCCAUGCACAAACCUUCCAGUAACAUGCUGUGGCCUGGAUACAAUGACACCAGUUUUUCUACAUACCAGUCCAAUAUUUACCGAACAACAUGCACAUUUACCUACUGAAACCGCAAUAAACGUGCCGAAACUAGAGCCAGCCUACGACCUGAGCACUGCCAGAAAGCCCUCCAAGACGUCAGAUAGUAAAGCUGGACUGAGAUAUGACCCUUUUGCAUUUACUGGCGUCAUUGCAACGUCAACAACAGAAUCAACAUCCACCUCCAUUGGCCACAACGUAUCAAAUGAAAUGGCCGACAUUAAAAGAAGAGACAACCCACAAACAUUAGAAGCAGAAAGUCUUAGGUUCGGCGAUGUCGAUUUUUAUAGUCUAGUUCGUCAAGCAACAGGGCCUAUUUCACAGAAAGAAAAGUGGUGUCGUACAACAGACGACGAUCGCUUAGAAUCAGUCAGAAUAAACCGUUUCAGUGAAGCGCCACCAACACAAUCUAAACGAAAGGUUAAAAAUGAACCUAAAAUCGCUGAUGAUGGUAAGUUGUCGAGUAGCAUAUUGGGGCAAAACUAUAAUGAGGGCACAACAUAUAGGAAUGAACGGAAAUUGAACCAAACCGUAGAAAUAAACAAUCCCGAUAUGAGAAAUCCGCAUAAUCCAAGAGAAACCCUGAGUUCUGGAACCUUGGGUAUUGUAAAACCUCCAAAAAGUUCAAACAAGACUGACGACCAAAAGGCAUUUAGUCAGGGAGAAAUUACAUCGCAAGUGUCCACAAAAGUUGAGCCAGCAAAUGUUGGUUCUUUGAAAUUCUCUUACGCCGAAAUGGUGAAAAGAAAAACAAGCGAAAGAAAGUGAUCUCCUCAUACUUAGGGAUAUGACUGGGUUUAAUACUGGGUUAACUGUUUUUUUUGUUUGUGAAUUUUUGUUUUUAUGUUCUAUGUGUUUGGCGUUUACCCAGUGCCAUUAAACCAGGUUUAUGUUUAAACUUUUUGCUACUGAGCUUGUUUCUGUAGUUUUUCGCAUAAAUAUUAAAAAGGGCAAUAAAUCAAUCUUAUAAUACCAUGGGGGUAAUACGGGAGUGAAAAGGAGAACAAACAGAAUAUUGUUCUCUUAUCAUACCUUGGGGUAAUACUGGGUUGAAAAGGAGAGCAACCAAUGAUUGUGAUUUCAUCAUACCUUGGGGUAAUACUGGAGUGAAAAGGAGAGCAACCAAUGAUUGUGAUUUCAUCAUACCUUGGGGUAAUACUGGAGUGAAAAGGAAAACAAGCAAUAUAUUAUGAUCUCACCAUACCUUGCGGUAAUACUGGGUUGAAAAGGAGAGCAACCAAUGAUGGUGGUUUCAUCAUACCUUGGGGUAAUACUGGAGUGAAAAGGAAAACAAGCAACAUAUUGUGUUCUCAUCAUACAUUGGGGUAAUACUGGGUUGAAAAGGACAUCAGCAAGUUAAUGUGAUUUCAUCAUACCUUGGGGUAAUACUGGUUUGAAAAGGAGAACAAGCAAAAUAUUGUGAUCUCAUCAUACAUUGGGGUAAUACUGGGUUGAAAAGGACAUCAGCAAGUUAAUGUGAUUUCAUCAUACCUUGCGGUAAUACUAGAGUGAAAAGGAGAACAAGCAAAUGAUUAUGAUUUCCCCAUACUUUUUGUAUUAUAUUAGGACCGUCUUAUUAACGAGCGUACAAUAAAACAUCCGAAGAUAAGUUAUGAUAACCUAUUGAAUGGAACUUGCUUGUUUUAUAUUUAUACUAGACAUACUAACAAUUUGUUUCGGAAUAAAUAAUCGUAUUACUUUUGGAAACAAUUCGAAUAUCAAGUCGUACGAUAUAGUUGUAGAUAAGGUGUAGGAUCCCUUAAUUUGAAUUGUGUAACUUAGCAGUAGCACUUAUCAUUGACAUGGAAAAGGGCGUUUCAUAUUAACAUAUUAUAUUUAAAUGUUGGUAAUGGAAGUGAUCCUGGCAAUUGUUUUGUAUAGGAUCGUUUUUUAACACAUUCACUUUUCUAUUUUUAUAUUAAAUCAUGUAUUGUCGUCGGCAUUCACUCAAUAUCAUUUUGUUACUUGAUAGUUUAUUUUGGCACUUUUCAUGACAACAUUUGACACACGAACUAUUUUAGAUACAUUAAACUUUAAUACUUAGUUUUAUGAAAAUGGGGUAAUAAUUGGACCAUCCAUAUUUGUCGAAUCAGACUUUUAUGAUUUAUGUUGUAUAAAUUGUUAAAGAACUAACUCCUCGACGACGAAAGUCGUUUGUCAUGAUGAUAUGAUCAAAUGUGAUAGUUUGUAUUAUAACAUCCCAAAUGAAUUAUCUGUGCUUGAAUAAAUGGGCAUGCUUUUGCUAAUUGAUUUUACAUUGAUAUAUUUAUAUUUAUUUUUGUAAAUGAUAAAGCUAAAUAAUAUGUUAUUGCAGGUUUCGCAUACGUUUAGUUGCCGUUUUUCUUAACAUUGACAUACGCAAACAUUUUGUUUUAUUAGCUUUAUUAACAUCUCAAUGCAUGUACAUAUUACUUUUUUAUAAUUAUAGUGAUUACCAUACAUAUUAAAUGUUAGUAUGUGCCAUAUGGAUACUCUUUGAAAAAUCAUACAGGGGUGUGUUUUUUAUUUCAAUGUAAGAAUGCAAUAUACGAGUAUUACAGCGACUGAUCUCCAAAAGCUAUAUUUUCCGAUUGACACAUUCACAGUUUUAAGGAGCUCGUACCAUUGCUUUUAGCUUAUAACAUAGUUAUCAGACCGAGUGUUUAGUAUUUUUUGUAGAACGAUGAUUAGUUUGCGAACGUCCCAAAAUGUAAUUUGGACAUUUGUGGUUUCUGUGGAUGUCAAUGUAUUUGCUAUGUUUAUUUAUUUGACUAAAAUAGUAAACUGGUAACAAAUUUAAUCUGACAGGUGUUUAUCGUUCGUAGUAUACAUAGUGUACCUCAUAGAAAGAAUAUGUAUUAUUUUGUAAACAUAAUAUCUUCAAUGAAUGGUUUUGUAAAUGCGUAUUGACUUAUGCUAAAUUCUGUACCUUAACAAAUGCCUGACAUGGAAUACGUGCACACUUACCACUAUUUGAACAUAAAUCAUUUGUAACUUUUUGUUCAAGUGAAUUGGAAAUAUGAAGUCCAUAGCAAUAUUGUUGACAGUAAUUUAAGGUCUCUAAUGUACAAAGGUUUUUAUUUCAUUGCGUAUUUGUAGAUAAUAUUUGAUUUUUAUGCUUGUUAUCGUUUGAAAGUGUAUUGCUUGCCGUUUGGUAAUAAGUAAACUGAAUGACUAAGACAAACUAUUGAUUACGUUAUUGAAGUUUGUUUUGCACAUAUAACCGUUUUGAAUCCGACAUAAAUUAAUGUCACCAUGCAACCAGCCUUAGAUAAGACAUUCUGUCCAUACCCUUACUGCUUUAUUAUGUAUACAAGAGUUUUAUGUUUGUUUUAUUUCUCUGCUGAAUAGAGUAUGUAUAUGUAGACAAUGAUACAAAUUAAGGGUAAGACAUUGUCUGCUUGUAUUAUGCAUAUGUUUAAUCUCGAUGUGUUUUGUAACGUACUACUUGAUUUUAAACAUUGCGUUGUGUACUCAUAAGUUAAAACUUCUUGACUUGUUUUUUACAACUAUGACUGGUUGUCGCACUGUAUUGUAUGCAUACUCAUAUUGAUUAUUGCGUGUAAUAUUCAUAUAUGAUUUUCCAGUUCUGGCUAUGUACAUAAAUCCACUGUCCUAUUUGAUCAUAUAUGCAAAUUUGUGUAAUUCUACAACUCAUAUAAUAUAUGAUACCUCGUGUGCCUUUAAAGGGAUGUAUACAAUGCAUUUUGAAUAUCUCCAAAACACUCAUUUCAUUGUAUAAUAGCACAUCAAUAGAAAGCUUCUACAGGAAUUAUUCUGAAAUCAGGAUUGUAAUCUUUUAAUUCCAGACGUGUGUACUGUUCUUCAGAUUAUAUUGCUCAGACCAUUGCAUCACAGUCACUAAGAAGUAACUUGAAAUUAAUAUAAAUUACUUUUGAUUUUUUUUGAAAAAGGGGUCUCAGCCCCUUUACACUGUUUUGAGCAUUAUCGCUUCAUACUCAAGUAGACCUCCGUUUUUUUCAGGAUUUACAAUAAUAAGCUGUAAGAACCCCUGUAUCAAUUAAUCCAAUAUAUAAAUUUGAGCUUAAGACAUACCAUGUUGAUGAGUUGGUUAUACUUAAAUAUAUAUAUUGCUGAACUUAUGACUUAGUAUGUAAAGUACCCUGAUACAACUACUGUUAUAUUUAUUUUCAUGAAUUAAGAUUUACAUUUAAAAUAGUUGUGAAAUUUCAAUUACAGCCAUAUUAUUUAAAUUAUGCAAUGCAUCCCUAUGCCAUGCCGCCUAAACAAAGGACCAUAGGGCGAAUAAUAGUUAUCUCUGUUUUGUGUAAUCCUGUAGAUUAGUAAAUAGAUUACAAACGCUUGUAUUUCUAAUUAGAUUUGUUUCAUUAUCGACAGAACAUGAGUAUGUAUUCAUUUGAAAUAUUAUUUUUGUAAAUUUAUCUCACCCUAUAAUCAGUAAUGAUUAAAAUUGAUCUGUCUGAUUUGUAACAAUAAUAAUGUUUAAACUGUAUGAAGUUAUAUCACGUCUCCAAAAUGAAUGACGUAACACCAUUGGCCCAGGACUGGUCACGCGGUGACCUCAUGUUUUUCCAUAUCAGAACGCCAAUUUUUGUAUCGUACCAAAAAUGGCGUCUAUUUUCCGAUUCCGAUAAAAAAAAUGAGACAUUUUUCCAGAUAGUGUUGGCUUCUUAAUCAAUUUAAAAAGGUUUUCGACGUGAUAUAUAUGUUUUGGGGUUAGUAGGUGACCCGAUAACGGAUAUACAGGGCAAAGAAAACCAAAUCGAGCUUAUGGUUUCCUUGUCCCGUAUAUCCCAUAUCGGGUUUAUCCGUAUUGCAAUAAAUGACUUGCGUGCAUGCUUGUAAAUGAUUUUAUCAUUGGUCACAUGUAUCUGUUUAAAUUAUAUAUGCGUUGUGUAUAUUAUCAACUAAUAAAAGCUUAUCUUCCUU